AUGACUAUUCUGCCGAAGAAACCACCCCCUCCGUCUCUACCAUCAGCCGAUGGAGAAGCCAAUCCAGACGGUGAACCGGCAGGGCCUAAUGUUAACCAGGUUGGUCCAGAUCGAGGAGAAGGACCUGGCGCUGGUCCCUCCUCAGGGGUCAGAUCUCGAGCUUCACCACCACUAUGGGUUUCGGGUGGGGGCAGUCGAGGUGGGGUAUCUGUGGGCUCACGGGGGCAAGCCUCAUCGUCCCCUGGCCCAGGACCGCCUCCCCCCGGUGGGGCCAGUACUAGCCCCACGGCAGGGGACGGCCUGGGCCUGUGCGCCCUUGGAGGCCCAAUUGGAAGCCCGAUCGGCUGUUGUUCGGGACCUGGCGUUAGUAAGAGGCGGCGUCAGCAAACUAAUAAUCUCGGAUGUGGUGUCUAUGGAGGUGGCAGCCCGGAUCCGGAAGGGGCAGGAUAUAACAGUGAGGACGAGUACGACGCUGCAACUUCACGUAUUGAAGCCAUGGAUCCCGCCACUGUGGAGCAGCAGGAACAUUGGUUUGAGAAGGCCCUGAGAGAUAAGAAAGGUUUCAUUAUCAAGCAGAUGAAGGAGGAUGGGGCUUGCUUAUUCAGAGCUGUGGCAGACCAAGUAUAUGGGGAUCAGGAUAUGCAUGAAGUUGUCCGGAAACAUUGCAUGGACUAUUUGAUGAAGAAUGCAGACUAUUUCUCUAACUAUGUUACCGAAGAUUUCACCACCUACAUUAACCGGAAACGAAAGAACAAUUGUCAUGGCAACCACAUUGAGAUGCAGGCCAUGGCUGAAAUGUACAACAGGCCAGUGGAAGUAUAUCAAUAUAGCACAGAGCCGAUCAAUACAUUUCAUAGCAUUCAACAAAAUGAAGAUGAGCCUAUCCGGGUCAGCUAUCACUGUAACAUCCAUUACAAUUCUGUGGUGAAUCCUAACAAAGCCACUAUUGGUGUGGGCCUGGGGCUUCCUUCUUUCAAACCAGGGUUUGCUGAGCAGUCCCUUAUGAAGAAUGCCAUAAAAACAUCAGAGGAGUCAUGGAUUGAGCAGCAGAUGCUUGAAGAUAAGAAGCGAGCCACUGAUUGGGAGGCAACUGAUGAGGCUAUUGAAGAACAAGUGGCUCGGGAAUCCUACUUGCAAUGGCUUCGGGAUCAAGAGAAACAGUCUUGGCAGGUUAAGGGCCAAACUCAGUCCCAGAAAGCUUGUGCCACAUGCACCUCAGCUACAGCAGCUACAUCCAGCAGCCUAGAUGAAUGGAGUGUCCGGUCUCCAAGACAGCGAGCCACUGAGCAGCCAGAGCUGGUCCACAAGCCUCCCUCACCAAGCCAUGCCCUCACCUUCACAAAACCCCCUUCACCCAGUAUUCCAGGACCAAGUAGCCAGUCAGCAGCAGGAAGUGACCGUUCUUCUUCUCCACUUGUAUCCUUAUAUCCUGCUUUGGAAUGUCGGGCCUUUUUUCAACAGAUGUCACCCACUGCAUUUGGUCUCAAUGACUGGGAUGAUGAUGGGAUAUUGGCUUCAGUCCUUGCUAUCUCCCAACAGGAAUACCUGGACAGUAUGAAGAAAAGCAUCAUGCAUAGAGAUGUACCAUCAGACAAGAGCUAAUAACCAGGGCCUGGAAGUCCCUUCCAUUCUACUCAUUCUACUCCCCAUCCACUGCAUUUCCCCCUCCCCUCCCCAGGUACUGUAAGGGACACAUACACACCUAUGGCCAAAAUCUGUCCAGUCCACUAUAAUAUGUUCACUUCCCUCUUAUACUUCUUAACAAUCUCCAUUCCUUGCUCUGCUGAAAUCCAAUAAAUAGUUAAAUAAGGGAUAGAUACACUUGGAAAAGAAAGAAAAAAAAUGUCAAAUUAGCAUCCCUCUUUGGUAUUAUCUAAAGUGCCUUCUGCAUAAACACCUCUUUGUUGAUACCUGUUCAAGGUAUUUCAGGAGAGGCCUUAAAGGCUUCCCCCUCUCCAAAACUUGCCUCUCACCCCUACACUUCCAAGGAUACACAAUACCAUCUGUGAUUAGGUGUCUUUCCUCCUUCAUCCAACUGAAUUAAAACAUUUUAUUUUUUAAAAAAAGACAUACUGGCCUGAGUACAUGGUUGCAGAAAACUGGGGAAUGGUUUAGAGAAGAGACACUCCAGAUUAACUAAGUAACUAUCUUUUAUUCCUUGCCUCACCUACUUUCUCACUCUGUUUCUUUGUUAAAUUAAACAAUGAAUAUAAAACUUCUUUUCCUUGUGGGGCUUUUGGACAAUAAAACACCAGAGCUCAAAA